CGGUACCGCUGUGUCGCAGACAAGCGUAUUAUGAAACAAACAGCCGCAGUCGCGGAGAUGUUUAUAACUCUUGGUGGAGUGAAGGUGGUUGCGAGAGUAAAGGUAGUUAUGUGUGGAGAGGGCGGAGUGGAGGGGAGUGAUGGGCGGCCGGUGGGGAGUCCCAGAGAUACCGAGCGCUCGGCUUCCGUCUUGAAGUGGAGUGUAUGCACUUCCCGUCGACACAAAGUGAGGAGAAGGGAGAAAGGUGCAAGACGAAGGUGCCAGAAGGGAGUAGGAGGCGGCGACGUCUUGAGAGUCACUUCAGCGUGCUUGAGUUGUUCAGGCAGCACCGAGCUAGGCUGGGAGGCUUGGCGCCCGCAAGGGUCCCGCUCACGUAGCCUAGCUGUACACCGAGACCCGCCUUCGUUCAGCCCAUAG